GUUGUAAAGCGGAAUGUCAUCGAGAACAUCGUCCCAAUAUUGAUUGCAGUGAAGCACAAGCUAGAGGAGAACCGGUCACCUUUGAUGAAGCAUCUUUUACUCUACUUAAAGGAGCUCAUGAAAGAUUAUAAGAAUGAGGUAAAGGAGAUUUUGGCUGGGGAUAAGCAGCUGGCUAAGGAAAUAGAAUUUGACCUCAGACGCUUUGAUCAAGAACAGAGAGAAGAGGCUGAAGAGCAGAGGAAUCCACCUGUCGAAAACAAAAGAACUGAGGCUGCGAAAGAGCCUGUACAAGUUGAGGGAACUAAUUUUACUGAAACCUCAGAAGAAGGACCACAACAGCCAGCAAGUCCAAAACCUUCAUUGAUGACACCUUUGAACAUUGCAGGCAAAACUCCCUCGGUAGCAAAGAAUGACCUUCUUAGACUAGCCCUUCUGAAUAACAAAACAUUAGCAGCAAGACGGAAGAGUAUUGCUGCAGCACCAGAAACAGAGCCAGAAGUCAAUAGUGUGUCAUGUAGUAUAAAAGGCCGUAGAGCAAGUGUUGCAGAUUUCAGAGAGAAGAGUGAUGAGGAAGUUGUUUUCAACACCAGUAAUGCAAACAAUACACAUGUAGACCCUCGUCCCAUUGAAAGUGUACCUGCUGAAGACAAUGAUGAAAAUCUAAUGGUUACACCAAAGAAAAGCAAAGAUUCACAGAAAUCUAGGGAGGAGUUAUUACGUGCUAUUAGUACACCUCAAGCCCACCAGAGUGUUAUCAGUAAUAUCACUUUCAUGAAUGAGACUCAGGAUGUCAGUGCUAUCAGCAUAAAUACAACCAUAACCUCACAUUCUGAAGGAAGCAAUAAUGCUGACAAGCCAAAGCUGUUAUUGCAUCUUAAAAGUCCAGAGGCUUAUGCCAAAGAAUCUGACUUUAGCCAGUUACGCAAAGGUACAAGACGAGAGGUCAAUACAAAAAAGGAACUUGCCAAACAAAGUGAAAAGUCUGUAAGAUGUGCCUUGUUUGAGACUGCUACCAAUGUGUCAGAAAGCGAGGAUGAUGAUUCAAUUGUACCAAACCGUAAGCAUACUUCCUUUGUCAAUACAAACAAGACAGAGGCAAGAGGAAAAGUUAAGAGAACAAGGGACAUGGCAUCACUUAGUCCAGAUCCAAAGAAGAGUGAGAAUGACAAGAAAGAACCUGAUGUCACAUAUAAGAAACCCAGUCAAAAACGCAGUAGGGUUAAAACCAAAUAAACUCAUUUUGGUUUGGUUUGAGUUUUCAGAUUAGAAAGCAUAUUCUGUGUAUUUCAGAAUAACCGUUUUCAUUGCUAUUUAUCUAUUCUUCCCCAUCUUUUUAUGCUUUGGAAGUCAUUAGUAAUUUUUAUAAUUGUUGAUAUUUAAAGAAAUUAUUUGGAUUCCAUUUUAGCAAGUGAAAGAUGAAUUAGAUAUCUAUUAAAAUGGUUUGUUUUCCCUAAAGCUGUAUUUGAAAUACAGCAUUAAUGAAAAGUAGCCUCAAAUGUACAUUGCAUAUUAUGCAAGUAAAAGAGCAUAGUGACUUGUCUGAAUAGGAUUUCUUUUUAGAUUCUAUUCAUCAUGUGGCAGACUGCUACUCUGUAUUACUUUUUUCUUUGUUCACUUAUUUUGAGAAAUAUUUGUAGAUUGAUAAGGAAAAGCUGUACAAACUUUAAAUACGCAACCACAUAGCUAUACAUAGUAUAAAUAUUCAAUAAUGCAAAUAUAUUUCUGAAAGCUGCUUAAUAUUUUUAUUAUACUGUAGAGGUCUGUGAUACCAAGUUUGAUAUUUUUUCAUAACAGUUAACAUGUAUAUAAGUAAAGUAUUUUUUGUAAUUUUGUAUAUUGAAUGUACCAGUCUGCUAACUGCAAAGCGUGCACAUGAGUCAAAAAAUCUUAAAUCUUUUAUGCGCCUCAGCCAGAAUGUCUUUGGUCCCCAUGGCUCCACCCUUUAUUGUUUCAUAGGCAUUGUAAAAUUCGAGUUUUCAAUGUUUCCCUGCAGGCCCAUUUUGUGUGAAGAGGGCAAAUAAGAAUAUAUUUUAAAAGUUUAUUUACUUUAAACUAAAAUAGUCAUGGGUGAGAUGUUAGAAAUCUGGUGAAUGUAUAUUUAAUGAUGCUAAUAAAGGCAUAUCUA